AUGAUACAUGAUGCCUUUGGAGGCUCUACACAGUUCAUGGAUAGUGAGGUAAGUGAAAGGGGCGAGAUGGAGCCAAAUCUACAAGAAAAUACUGCUCAUCCAUCUGGAUAUGAACCUUAUCUAGAGAUGGAUAAGUUUGAACGGCUCAUGAAGGAGGCAAAUGAAGAACUAUAUCCUGGAUGCAAGAAGUUUAGCAAUCUAUCCUUUUUGCUACAUAUCUAUCGUACAAAAUGCAUGUUCAAAUGGUCAAAUGAAUCUUUUAAUGCUAUACUUGGACUAUUGAAGGAUGCGCUACUUGAAGGGGAAAAAUUGCCUCCUUCUUUCUAUGAGACUAAAAAGAUAGUUGAAGGCUUGGGCUUAAAGUAUGAAAAGAUUCAUGCCUGUCCCAAUGAUUGCAUGCUUUUUAGGAAAGAGUUUGCUAGCAAGGAUGUUAAUGAAUGCAAAAUUUGUAGGGCCUCUAGAUGGAAAAAUAAUGCUAGAAAUAUUCCAGCCAAGGUCCUUAGGUAUUUUCCUUUAAAACCAAGGCUGCAAAGAUUGUUUAUGUCUUCAGAAACGUCUAAAGCAAUGCGAUGGCAUCAUGAAAAGCGCAGCAAAGAUAGAGUUCUUUGGCAUCCUGCAGAUUCUGAAGCUUGGAAUAGUUUAGAUAAUAAAUAUCCCGAAUUUGCCGAAGAUCCUCGCAAUGUCCGGUUGGGAUUAGCUUCUGAUGGGUUUAAUCCAUUUGGCACAAUGCGAACUGUUCAUAGCACAUGGCCAUUGACUUUAAUGCCAUAUAAUCUUCCACCAUGGAUGUGCAUGAACCAAGAGUUCUUCAUUCUGUCCUUACUUAUUCCUGGACCAAAAUCGCCAGGCAAAAAUAUUGAUGUCUUCUUGAAACCUUUAAUAAAAGAGUUAAAUGAAUUAUGGGAUGUCGGGGUAGAAACAUACGAUGCCUCUACUAAGGAGAUAUUUCAAAUGCGAGCAGCUCUCAUGUGGACUAUAAAUGAUUUUCCAGCAUAUGGUACUCUCUCUGGCUGGAGCACUUAUGGCCGGUUUGCAUGCCCUUCUUGCAACAUAAACACUCAAUAUAAAUGGCUCAAACAUGGCAGAUAUUUUUGUUACCUGGGGCAUCGAUGUUUCUUGAAGUCAGGUCACAAAUAUUGGAAUGAUGCAAAAUCUUUUGAUAGGACUAAAGAAACAAGAGCUGCACCUUGUGCAGUAUCUGGGUUACUAGUGUUGAAUCAAGUUAAAGAUAUAAAGUUUACUCUCGGCCAAUUGAGUGAAGGCGUAAGUGGGGUGAUGAAAAACACAUGGAAAAAGAGGAGCAUUUUUUUCGAUCUUCCUUAUUGGGAGUAUAACUUGGUGCGCCACAAUCUCGAUAUGAUGCACAUAGAAAAAACUGUGUGUGAUAACUUAAUUUAUACACUAUUAGAUCUUAGUAAAAAGUCUAAAGACAACUUAGAAGCUCGAUUGGACUUGAAGGAUAUGAAAAUAAGACCAAGCUUAUGGCCUCAAUGUCGAGCUAGUGGGACGGCUUAUCUUCCUCCUGCUUAUUUUACAAUGACUCCCAAUGAAAAGGAGUUGUUUUAUGAAGUACUACAAAAUGCCAAGUUUCCACAUGGCUAUGCAUCUAAUAUCUCACGUUGGAUUCGUAAACGAAAGUUAUCUGGGCUAAAAACUCAUGAUUGCCAUGUUAUAAUGCAAGAACUUCUUCCUCUUGCCUUGCGGAGAUCAACAGAUAAAAGAAUCAGUUUCGUUUUAAUUGAACUAUGCACAUUCUUUCGUGUUCUGUGUAGCAAAGUGCUAAAACUAGAAGAGUUAAAGUUACUUGAAGAAAAAAUUCCAGAAACAUUGUCUACUAUGGAGAAACUCUUUCCCCCGGGAUUCUUUACUAUUAUGUUACACUUUCUUACUCACUUGGCUACUGAGGCUAGACUGGCGGGGCCAGUACAUUAUCAUUGGAUGUACCCAAUUGAGAGGUACUUGGGUACUUUAAAAUCAUAUGUUCGUAAUCGUGCAUGCCCAGAAGGUUCAAUAGCAGAAGCAUACAUAGCAAAUGAGUGUAUGGCAUUUUGCUCCCGAUAUUUGGAGGGUGGAGAUUCAUGGUCUUAUAGUUCAAUAAAAUGCGAUGAUGAGAUUGAGCAUGAGACUAAUAAAGAGGAAUGUCUUUUUCCUACUGUUGGGGAGUCAUACGGUGAAGUAGAUGUAUUUGAGUUGGAUGAGAAAACAUGGUAG